UUUUCUUCUUGGAGAUGUGAAAGGUGAAGCCAAGAAUAGCAUUACUGACUCACAAAUGGAUGAUGUUGAAGUUGUUUAUACAAUUGAUAUACAGAAGCAUAUUCCGUGCUACCAGUUGUUCAGCUUUUAUAAUUCUGCAGGAGAACUGAAUGAACCUGCCCUGAAGAAAAUACUGUCAGGCUGUAAGAAGAGUGUAAUAGGAUGGUACAAAUUCAGACGUAACACGGAGCAGACCAUGACGUUCCGGGAAAGACUUCUUCAUAAGAAUCUGCAGUCACACCUAUCAAAUCAGGGCCUUGUAUUCCUCUUACUAACCUCCAGCGUGAUGACAGACAGCUGUUCUACUUACAGACUGGAACAUGCCUUACAUCGGCCACAAGAAGGUCUUUUCCAGAAAGUUCCUUUGGUGGUUACCAAUUUGGGUAUGGCAGAACAGCAAGGUUACAGAACAGUGUCUGGUUCCUGCAUAUCUUCUGGUUUUGUGAGAGCAGUAAGACAACACAGGUCAGAAUUCUUUCAUGAAGAUGGAUCCUUACAAGAGGUUCAUAAGAUAAAUGAGAUGUAUGCCACCUUGCAGGAGGAACUGAAGAAAAUAUGCUCUACAGUAGAAGUCAGUGAACGAUCUGUAGAGAAACUCUUAGCAGAGGUUAGCCAAUUAAAAGAAGAAAUAAAGAGGAAAAAGCAACAAAGCUGUUCAGGUAAGUUAAACAAAUCUAAUGCCAGAGAGCCACAGGAGAAUGUUCUCCUUUGUCAGGCACUGCAAACAUUCUUCCCCAAUUCUGGACUUCAGACAUGUAUUGUUUCCUUCAAAGGCAGACAGAUAUCCACGAACUGCUGUAACAUUGAUCAUAAUAUUAAUGUCAUGGACAAACUGACUCUCAUGGUAGAGGAAAGAGACUUCCCUGAAGCUGAAACAAGACAGCUAACCAAGCGGAAAGUCAGAGGGACCACAAUGGGACCAAAGUCAUUCAAGAAAUCCAGAUCACUGCAGCUUCACCAAAAAUUGCUUCAAGACCAAGAGGACAGUGACCAGGAAAGGAAACUUGCACUGAGUAGCACUGAAACUGAUGAAGAUGUGAUUGAAAAAAUUAGAGACACAAAUGAAUACCCACAAUCUCCUACUUUCUGA